CCUUUGUCGCUUUCUUUCAAUUGCACACCUGCACACCCCGAUACCAUGGAGGAAGAAGACGAUGAUUUCUAUGACCCUGCUGAUGCAGUCCCGGUCACCAAUACUCAAAAUGCGCCCUACAAUCAGUCCUCAAAUGCCACCCCCCAGCAUUCAAAUUCAAAUGAUGACGAAGAAAUUGAGGUAGAGGAGGACGAUGAUGAUGAAUUCAACAUCAUCACGGAGGCUCCUCCGGACGCCCCAGCCCCCGAAGUCCCACACCCCCGUCAUACGAUGCUUCGAACCGAGUCCCAGCGAACGCCAUCCACAGAUCUCUACCCGGGAUCCAAAUCUGCCACGCCUAAUCUGACGCCCAAAGUGGAAUCAGCCACCCCAGUCUCAGGCAGCGCAAGGCCGGCCGUUCCCCAGAAGCCGGGAUCCGAAUAUCCCCCCGUCCAUGCGUCCACGAUUGAUGUGCAUGCAAACCCGACGCACCCUUCUACUGGAAAGCCUAUUUUGUCGACGGACAUGGAUAUGGAUUUCCCGGAGGAUGACAAGCCAUGGAGGCGUCCGGGAUCGGAUAUCUCCGAUUACUUCAACUACGGAUUCGACGAAUUCACCUGGGCCAGCUACGUUUUGAAACAGCAAGAGCUUCGGAGGGAAGUUGGGGACCAGAAGAAACAAUUGGACGAGAUGCAGGCAUUCUUGAACGGUGGAGUGCCGCCGCCAAUGCCCGGAGGCCCGCAACCUGGACCUGCACCCGGUCCAGCUGGUGGACUGCCGCCGAUGCCAGGUAUGCCGGGUAUGCCUGAUAUGUCGAAUGAGAUGUUGUCAGGCGUCUUAGCCACCAUGAUGUCCCGAGGCAUGGAUCCUGCCACCAUGGAUCCUAUGACCUUUAUGCAGAAUGCCCAAGCACUCAUGAGCGGACCUUCCGGCGCGGGCGGCGGACAACCAGCUCAAGCGGGUUUUGGGGGUCAAGGAGGACAAUCUCAGAUGGGAUAUGGCGGUGGGUUCAACGCUGGACGAGGGCGAGGGCGGAGGUGGUAAAGGAAGUAUGGAUGCGUGCUUUUUUUUUUCUUCAAUCACGGCUAUAAUCUUGACCAUGCCCCGAAUUGCAUUUUAGGACGGAUAUGUACUGCGGAGUUUGUUGUUUACUAUGAGAAAUGGCUUGAAUGUGUUCUUUGUUUGACUGUUCGGGGCAAAGGAGCUGUAUGGUUGGUGAUGCGACAGAGUGAGCCGCGCUUCCAGAGACAGGAUUGCCCAUGAUCAGACCGUAGAGACGAGCUAUCACAAUCCACGAGGAAUCGUCUCCUGUAAAGAAACACUGGAUCGACCGCAGGCUGCAG